AUGCCCUUUCAGUCACAUAAUAGGAGCAGAUCGAAGAGUGUAGCGGCAGAUAGCCUGGCGAGAUCGAAUAGAAGGGAAGCAAGUUCUAAUGUUUAUGGAAAUGAUGCGAAUGAAACAGCUGGAGAAGGUGAUAAUUUAAAUACGAAUCUCCAAAAGAUUUCAUCCCAGCCGGAGCCAGUUAUCAAUACUCAAAAGCAUAAAAGUGGUAAGCAUCGCUUCAGAAAAAAGUUGUGGAGAAACCCACCUCCAAAAGCACUUUCAGGUCAAUCUUCAGCGCCGAAAAUCAAAAUUGAUACCAUUGGCACUCCUGACGAUGGACAUGAAUCAAUGCAUAAUACAGAUAAUAUGAGACGCAAUAGUUGGGAUCUCAGAUUUAGAAAUCCGAACUCUCCACUACUUCCUGCACCACGAGAUAUUAUUGCAAGUCAAAGUGGUGGUACUUUAGGACCAUCGAGAAGUCUUUUAGAAAGAUUGGGAAGGUCAAAGACUACGAGAGUCAAGCCCAAAUUAUCUCUUGAUAUUUCAGGAAUCAGUGAUCCUGGACGAAAUUCGAGGUCUGCUGUAGCUGCUCCAACAUCCAACUUUUUUGGUGGAUCUGAGUUAAGCUCGGCUGUUGAUGUUGCUGAUGAUAACGCCAGUAUUGAAAGUGAGAUUUCCGAUUGUAUUAAUCUUGCACUUGGAGAUACGAAAGGAAAGGGUACAGAGGGCGCAUGGAUGCCAUCAGAAAGGAGCCGAUUGAGACGCAGAAAGCCACCUCCUUUGGAUGUUCCACUUUCUGGAAGUAAGAACGAUCUAUCGCAAAAAAGUAGUAUGAACAAUUCGCAGAUUAGUUUUGGCCGUUCCACUGGUAUUUCGCCGGACCUAGAAGCAUCAAUCCGUGAAAAUGGUGGAUUUAAUGAUCAUGAAGCAAUUCCUUUACAGGAUCUAAGUGAAAUGAACAGCAAGAAUUCUGGUUUGAUUAAUGUUGAAUCAUCACGCUUACAUGAAAAUACAAGCUCUUUGCGUUUGCAAGCGAAAUCUGCCCAGCAAAGUACACGUAGUAAAGUUUCAGAGGACAAAUCUAUAAAUAAAGGUAAGAACAUAUUUACCACAGCAUUUCAGAACCUCUCCAACAACGUCAAUGCGGGUGAUAACGUUGAUGAUGAUGAUGAUGAUGAUGAUGAAAAGGAUUUCGAUGCCAAUGAUGAGAAUAACGGUGUGAGCACCACUGCGACUCCUAGCAGCAAAAUUUUGUUUGAUGAAAGUAGUACUGAAAAUGUGGGUCCCAAUAACGAAAUAGCAACCGGUAAGGAAUCAGCUCAUAUGCGAGAUGUGGGUGAGAACAUUGCAGAGGUCCUCCAGAAAAAAGAAAGUCAAAGAAACUCCCAACAGGCAGCACAUAUUAAAGCACUUUUAAGUGAUCAAGAGGAUAACGGAUCUCUGUUUGAACAGGGUCAGUCAAGUUCAGCAGUGUCCAGUGAUGUUGAUUUGACUGGUGAGGGAGCAACAAGUAAAAGAAGAUCAUAUUAUCCUGAGGAGAACGAUGACAUAAUUGAUAUUCUUGACCCAUUUAAUGAUAGAUUCCACACGCAAUCCAGUAUCUUACCUUCUAGCGAUGUCAGCAAAUUGAAAAGCGAACACCUGGUACCUAAAAAUCGUUGUUAUCCAAAUCUUUAUGGUAGGUCUCUUAUGAUAUUUCCUCCGGAUUCUCUUUUCAGGCAGAAAUGCUAUGAUCUGAUCACUAGUCCAGGAUCAAACCAGGCGAUAACAAUUUUGAUUCUAUUGCAAACGGUAUUAUUAACGUUUCAGGAGUGGAGUGUUGGUCGUGAAUACAUGACAUUAAAAAAAUAUUCCUGGAUAGAUUGGGUGUUCUUUGUGUUCUACAUUGUAUACACUAUUGAGAUGGUGAUGAAGUGUGUUGCUUUCGGUCUCUUUGAUGAUUCUCAAAUGUUUAAGGCACUUCAUAUCGAAAGAGAAAAGGGAUUAGUUCACAGAUAUUAUGAUUCCCUUAAAGCUAAAGUUCGUCGGUUCAGAGGAAAGCCAUUACCAAAUACGAAUGCACAUCAUUCUAAAUCGCACACUGCAAGGAGAUAUACAUAUACGCAGAAUAAUGAUGUUUCAGAAAUAUAUGAUGCAUAUGCUUCCGAUGGUAUCAAUCAUGGCAAGACGGCAACGAGUGACUCUUCGCUAGAUCUUGUAGAUCUGGCAAACCCAUUUUCUUCGAGAAACAGAGCCAAUCUUGCUAAGGGAGAUGACUUCCAAAGCAAUACUAUCUUACCAUCAUCUUCGAACUCUUCACAUUUGUCAAGUGGUUCAGGAGCCUCUCGAUCCAGAUCUUCUUCAUCUUCUACUUCUACUUCGGUUUUAAGUUCUGUCCCACUUGUAAAUAAGGUUGGUAUUUCCUCCAAUAAGAAAGUGACUAUUGUUCGAGCAUAUCUUCGCGGAGAUUGGAAUAAAAUUGAUUUUGUUUCGAUCGUGUCAUUUUGGGUGUCCUUCAUUUUGUCAAUGUCAGGAGUGGACAUCAAUAUGCGCUGUACUGUUUUCCGGUCCCUCAUGUGUUUCAAAAUACUCCGACUUUUCAACUUAACCAAGGGUACAAGAAUCUGUUUGAAGGGUAUUCGUGGAGCGGGCUCUCAAUGUAAGGAAGUUACUUUGUUUCUUCUAUGCUUUUGGGUUUUGUUUGCCAUUAUUGGUGUGCAAUCUUUUAAAACUUCAUUGAGACGACACUGUGUCUGGACGGAUCCAUCGAAUUCUGCUAAUACUUUUGAGAAUGAGUUCCAAUUUUGUGGUUCGUUUUUAAACGCCAAUACUAAGAAGCCCAUGCCUUACUUGGAAGUUACUGGCUUGUCAUCGUCUCAAACUAAAGGUUUUUCCUGUCCCGUUUACUCUCAGUGCAUUUUAAAGGAGAACCCCUAUGGAAAUACGGUUUCGUUUGACAGUAUUUUCCAUUCGAUGGAGCUAGUUUUUGUGAUAUUGAGUGCGAAUACUUUUACUGAUUUAAUGUACUACACCAUGGAUAGUGAAAGUCUUGCUGCCUCGCUUUUCUACGUUGUGACAAUAUUAUUUCUGACCAUUUGGCUUUUGAACUUGAUUAUUGCUGUUGUGAUUAACUCUUACAGAGCUCAUUUAGAAUUAAUGGAAAUGAGAAAGCAAGGCCUGAUCUCAGCUUUUGAAGCAAAAUUGAAAUUGCUCCAAGCCCGCUAUAAUGAGGUUGUCCGCAAUUCAAAAACUAUCACUAGAUUCAACAAUUUUAGUAGUGUUUUUGUGAUUAUUAUUAUUGCAAACUUUGUCACUGAGUGCUUUAAGAGGGCGAAUAAUCCUAUGAUAGCAUUUGAUGCAUUUUACAGAGCCCAGUUUGUGACUUCAGCAAUUCUUGCAGGUGAAAUUGUUACGAGAUUUCUUUUGUUCAUUCCGGGACAUCAUUGGAAGAUCUUUUUUUAUUCCAUAUGCAACUGGAUCGAUCUUGUGUUGGCCAUCGUUACUAUGGUUAUCAUACUACCACCAAUCUAUAGAAAUUUGGGAGACGCUUACGGGUGGCUUACAUUUUUUCAGGUCGCACGUUUUUACAGGGUUGUGAUGUCUGUUGCAUUUUUAAAAGAAGCCUGGAAAAUGGUCUUUUCGCAGAUAAGACCGUUCCUUCAUCUCUGCAUGUUUUUCGGUUUAUCAUUGUAUCUCAUUUCGCUCAUUAUGGCAAGACUUUUUGAAGGAAUUGUUCCAAUUGAUCAAUAUCUCGAUGAGGAUCAGCUUAUCAUGCAAAACUUUCCUAACGUGUUGAUAUCGUUAUAUACAAUAACUUCUACUGAGAACUGGACAGAUAUUCUUUAUUUGUGUCAGCAGUGUGCGAAAAAUAGAUUUACAGAGUUCGUUAUAGCAGUUUAUUUAAUUGCUUGGUUUGCUUUUUCUAACACAAUCCUUAUCAAUAUUUUCAUUGCCAUUAUAACGGAGAAUCUUGGUUUACCUGAGGCAGAGAAGAAACGACAACAGAUUAAACAUUUUUACUUGAAGCUAAAAAGUCAGCUCAAUCAAAAGUCUCAAUCGAGUUCCCUCUUAGACUCACUAAGAAAAAGAAUCGCUAACAAGAGAACUGCGGAAGAGUUAACUCCAACUGAUCAACUUGUGAAGAAGAUGAAGGUUUUAAUGAAAAGGGAGAAUUUGGAUGAAGAUGUCUCGGGUUCAGAGGAGGAGGAGGUGUCAAUAACAACUGCUUUCAUUGAGUGGCUUCGUGAAAUGUUUAGAUUUGUUCCUUUUUACAGCCAGUUAGAAAAUCUUACUGUUGACUUGUAUCAUUCGGCAGAAAAAAGAAUGCAACGUGUCAAGAAUGGUGAAUUCAUCCAAUCACGUCGCGGCCAUCGUCGUCAACAACAACAUUCCAGCAAUCAUAGACGUUCGCACAGAAGUUCUCUAAUGCAUAAAUCAAGAGUCAUAAACUCUUUAAAGAAUUUACACAAGAAUCAUAGAAGUUCCGAUGGCCAAAAUACGCAGCAUCAGUCAUCAAGUUUGGAUGAACUGAGUUACGAACAUUCCCGUGAUGCCUCGACCAGUCUUUUGCAAAGUUCCGUCGAUACACAUACAUUAUCGAAUUACCAUCAAGAUAGAUCAUUGUGGCUUUUCACAAUUAAUAAUAAAUUCAGAGCACUUUGCCAAACUAUAGUUGCCCCAGGUAAAGGUGUGAGAAUGCAUGGAUAUCAACCAAUUCAAAAGGUUUCUGAAGUAUUUUCGGUGGUAAUGUUUAUUUCUACGGUUGCUGUUAUUGCUGUGUCUUGUUAUACCACUCCUUUAUACAGAAAAAAUAAUGGCUACUAUACAGAUAAAUGGAACUGGACUCUAUAUUUUGACAUAUUCUUUGCAGUUUUAUUCUCUGUGGAGUUUAUCAUCAAGAUUGUCGCUGAUGGCUUUUUGUUUGGAGAAUGUGCCUAUAUCAAGUCUGCUUGGAACGUUAUUGACUUUGUGGUUCUUAUAUCCUUCUGGAUAACCGUCUUCUCUGUCAUGUUCGAUAACUACGAAUUGCUCAUAAUCGUUGGUGCUCUAAGAGCAAUGAGAGGGUUUAGACUUCUUACAAUUACUAAGGUGUCUCAGGAUACUUUCCAGUAUGCUGUUAUAUCUGGUUCUAAAAAAAUUGUUAAUGCCGCUAUAAUUGCACUAUCAUUGUUACUUCCAUUUGCGUUAUGGGGAAUAAAUAUAUUUCGAGGAAGGCUAGGUUACUGUCUCGAUGGAGUCUCCGAUAAGAGUAAGUGUACAUUGGAGUUCAGUCAACAGGUAUUCAAAUGGAAUGUUGUGAGUCCAAACGUUUUCACUGCUCCUCCAUUGCUAUUUGAUAGAUUUCGGGAUUCAAUUUUCUCUUUAUUCCAGAUCAUUUCAUUGGAAGGAUGGGUUGAUUUGCUACUCAAUCUCAUGAAUAUCACUGGGUAUGCAAAGUCUCCACAAACUUUUGCCAGUCCGGGUAAUGCAGUUUAUCUUGUCAUUUUCAAUUUCCUCUCUAUCGUCUUGAUAUUGAACGUUUUUGUUUCUUUGAUUAUUAAUAAUUAUUCGAUGCAGACUGGCGUUGCUUAUCUGUCGGAAAAGCAGCUUGCAUGGCACGAGGUCAAAAAGAUUCUAAGUCAGAUCAAGCCAUCCAAAAGGAUAGACUCGGCUCAUAUGAGCCGGUUCAGGAAAAAAGUUUAUGAUGCCUUUACGAACAAAAACGUUCUUCUUAAUCGAUCGGUUAAAGUUUUGGUUUUUGUUCACCUCAUUGGAUUACUUACAGAAACUUACCCUACAUCAAGCAGUUUCAGUUUGGCAAGGUAUAUUAUCUUUAUGAUUUCAACCUCGGGUUUAUUGCUCUAUGUUGGGCUCUCACUUUUUGCCUAUGGUCCUGGCCUAUUUUUUGCCAAUAAAUGGAAUUACUUCCGUUUAUUUGUUUGUGCCGGGGCCUUUACACUGUCGGUGGUUUCUUUCUUUGUUGCACGUACAACUAUUUUUGCAAAUUUCAACAAGUUGUUUCUUGUGGCUGUGCUCUUGUUUAUCAUCCCCAAAGUGAACAUUUUAAACCAACUCUUGAGAUAUGCUUCGGCAAGUUUGCCAUCUUUGGCAGCCAUAAUAUACACAUGGAUAGUUCUUUUUAUUGUGUUUGCAAUGGCCCUAAACCAGGUGUUCGGGCUGACUAGGAUUGGCGAGAAUACAACCGGAAACCUAAAUGCGAGAACAGUGCCAAAAGCCAUUAUCAUGCUCUUCCGGUGCAGUUUUGGAGAAGGAUGGAACUAUAUCAUGGAUGAUUUUGCAGUGGAAGCUCCUGCAUGUUAUAGCGGACAUCUCUAUAACUCUGACUGCGGGAGUGAGAGUAUGUCUUACUUCCUUUUUGUUUGUUGGAAUAUACUUUCUAUGUAUAUAUUCAUGAACAUUCUCAUUUCUGUUGUGGUGAACAACUUUAGUUACGUUUAUCACGGAUCGGGACCACAUUCGGCUAUUACUAGAGAAGAGAUUAGGAAGUUCAAACGCGCUUGGAACAGAUAUGACCCAUAUGGUACUGGAUAUCUGAAACUUGAGGAUUUUCAAUGCUUCCUGGAUUCUUUGGAUGGCGUUCUCUCUUAUCAUGUUUAUGAAAAAAUGCACAGAAUUCCGAAUUUGACCAAAAAGUGGAUCACUUGCAAUUCUUCUAAACCCUACGACUUGAGGCUUAAUUUUGGAAAUUUGAACAAAGCCUUUGCUCUUGUCAAUUUUGAGAAGGCACACUCCAGAAGGGCUCGUUACGAAAGAUUGAUCAUUGAAGCUCGGCUGAAAGCCGUGCCUGUUAAUAACCAUUUGAUGCUCAGAUUUACAGAUAUCUUGCUUCAAGUUGGAUAUUACUCCAGAUUCAAAGACAGUACUUGUUUAACAUUAGAGGAUUUUAUCAAAAGAACCAUUCUCAUGAAAAAAAUUAAUAAGAUCCUUCGAAACAUGAAAAUACAGUCGACGGUCGAAAUGGCCAUUUGUCGACUUAGAUUCAAGUGCCACACCCUUUCAAUUUCAAAGCCUAUAGAAGGCUCCGGUUUUGAUCCAUGGACAGCAGGAGAUAUUGCUACAAGGGUUCAAAAUGCCGGAAAUGGUUUCAUAAAUGAUACCGACCCAGAUUCGCCAUUUAACGAUUACAGUGAUAACGCAUCUGAUGGUGGAUAUCCAUUUGGAGAUGAGACAGGAGAUCCAUUUAGAAACUCCACACCAAACUUUUUACAGGUUCCUUCCAAUGAAAGAAAGUUAUCUUUGCAUUAA